AUGGCAGAAACGGGCAACGCAGGCCAAGACGGCUCAGUGCCGUUUAAUAUUGCAGUCAUUGGCGGUGGUAUCAUUGGUCUACACGUAGCCCUAGGCUUAAUUAAACGCAACAUCCCAGUCGUCAUCUACGAGAGAGCAUCUGAAUUGAAAGAAAUAGGCGCUGGUCUCGGAUUUACAGAGACAGCAACCCAAUGUAUGCAAGCUUUGAAUCCCAGCGUUGCCGGUGCCCUGGGCAAGGUCGGUAUCGCAACCACUGGAAGCCUGCGGUGGAUCAAUGGCUUCGCCCAAGAAGACAUUAGACUGCGAGAAAAGGGCACAGCUUUCGAUUUUGAGCUCUCUACAGGCAAAAAAGAUGGCUUUCCCGGCUGUCACCGCGGCCAAUUUCUCAACGAGCUUGUUAGUCUUGUUCCACCAGACUUGAUAAAGCUUGGGAAACGUAUAGCCUCGAUUGAGCAAAAUAGUAAAGACGAGAAGCUGGUGCUGAAGUUCUCCGAUGGCACAGAAGCGUUGGCCGAUGCUGUUAUUGGCUGUGACGGCGUCAAAUCUCGCGUUCGUCAGAUUGUCUUGGGGGAGGAUAAUCCGGCUUCCUAUCCACAUUACUCACAUCAGAGCGCGUAUCGCGCCCUGAUCGAGAUGGACGAGGCACUUGCUGCCCUUGGCCAUCUUCCAAGUGGACAAUUGAUGUACCUCGGACCGAGAGCACACAUCAACACCUACCCCGUCGGUCGUGGCAAGUUCAUGAACUUUGUGGCUUUUAUCCAGGACAAGAAUGAUUGGCCAGACAAUGAGAAUCUCACUGCUCCUGCUUCAAAGGCAGACGUCGUGGAGGCGUUUUCCAAGUUUGGACCAGCCGUCCGCGCAAUGAUUGACCUUCUCCCUGACCAGCUUGAUCGAUGGGCAAUCUUUGACACCCUUGAUCACCCACUCCCAUCUUUCUCAUAUGACCGCGUCUGUCUCGCUGGAGAUGCGGCUCAUGCCACCUCUCCGCAUCACGGUGCUGGGGCGUGCGUGGGCGUGGAAGAUGCAUUGGUCCUAGCCACCGUUCUUAAGAAGGCUGGCAACGACUUAAUUUCUGGGGACAACUCAAUUUCGAAAUCUGCGGCCUUGUCUGCAGCCUUCAAGACAUAUGACAGCAUUUGCCGUGAGCGAGGACAGUGGCUAGUCGAAAGCAGUCGCUACAUGGCUGAAUUAUUUCAGGGUUCUGUCCCGGAUGUGGGCGACGACUUUGACAAGUUCAAAGAGCAGGUUCGAGAACGAUCCCACAAGGUCUGGUUCUUUGAUUGGAAGGACAUGGUCCGUCGGGCGGCUGAUGAUUACGAUGCACGAGUGAGAGCUUAA